AUGUCACCCUUGGAUAACGCAGUUACACUUAGAUACUUGUACAGUAAAGUACUAUUUCGCCUCAAAAACACCAUGAAUCCCGCCAUGCUGCUCAUCAGCACUAUCAUCACCGCCGCCAUCACCAUCCCUACCGCCCUCUUCUUCACCAACAAAUUUGGCAACCUGGCUAACCCUGGUGCCCCGGUCGCCUACACCUGA